AUGGCAGAGCUUCAACAUUUCUCCCAUGAAUGUCCGUUGACCUUGCCCAAGAUUCUCGACGGAAUUUGCAGCGUUUGCCUCAAAGAUGACCAUGUCGAGUUCACCUGUAAGUUUUGCAGUUUUGAUAUAUGCAAAGCUUGCACCCAGCUGCCGCAGAAGGUGUCACAUGAUUUCCAUCCGGAGCACGCUCUGGAGUUCUGUCUACGCCAAUAUAACCGGAAACCUGCACACAUUGUAUGCUCAGGAUGUGGGAUCAUGUCUUCUGGUUCUUUCUACCAGUGUGAAGAGUGCGAGAUCUACUUAGAUCUGGCAUGUGCGACUCAGGAGAACAUCUUCAGGGCCUGGGACUUCAAAGAAUUGCUCCAUGACAGCCAUAUUCACUUGCUUAAGAGGUGUAGACCAGGACCAGAUGCUCUAGGCUCUUGCCUCCUCUGUGAGCUUCCCCUCUUUCCCUACGCUCUAUGUUACGGAUGCGUUCAUUGUUACUUGUUUUUUCAUGAGCGUUGCCUUGAUAUUCCGAGAGAGAUUCAACAUCCUGUGCAUCCUGCGCACUCUCUUAAGCGCCUUGACUACACCCGAACUACUUGUUUCUGUGAUGCAUGUGGGGAUCAAAUCAACAGUGUCCCAUUUGGUUGCGUAGAGUGUAGAUUCAACAUUCACCUGAGGUGUGCAGAUUCCUUGUUACGAGGUCUGAUACACAAGUCUCAUCACCACAGGUUGUUUUACAGAACCAGAGCUCACCAAAAUUUGACAAAAGAAAUUCAGUGUCAAAUAUGCAUGAAAAGUGGUGUGAUAUUUCUUGAUUCCUAUUAUCAGUGUGUGGAAUGUAAUCUGAUUUUCCAUUUCGAGUGUCUUGAGAUACCUGAUUUAGUAUUCAAGAAAUCAUGUCACAUACAUCCGCUCACAUGUCAAAUAUACCUAGCCAAGGACGUGGAGCAUUGUGGAGUCUGUGAGACAACGGUACAUAAAGGACAUCAUGUUUAUUCUUGCCAAGAAUGUGAUUUUCUUGGCCACAUUGAAUGCAUUCUACAAGAGGAGGUGCCUUCCCCGUUGUACUUGAAGGAUUUGUACUCUUGUGGUUCUCUUGUGACACGAGCAACAAACCAAGAAACCACCAACAAUUCAGAAAACAAACUCGUGGUUAUUGGUAUCCAGCAUAAUCAUGUGAUGAGACCUGCGCUCAUGAGUGAGCUUAUUGAUGACGAUGCAAGGUUGUGUGGAACAAUUGUGUCAUGCAUGGCGUGUGGAGAUGUGUAUCAUCCUGAGUGUGCUAAUGAUAAUGAGGUAAAUGGUCAUCCACUCCAUUCUGAUCACAGGCUUUCACUGGCACUAACAAGUGGAUCUAAAUGCCUCGCAUGCAACCGGGAGAUCAUCAUGCAUGGCUUUUAUUGUGGCACUUGCCAAGUCAGUUUCCAUGCGAAAUGCGUCAAAGCUGUGAAAUUACCUGCAAAACCUCACAGUCAUUAUGUCUACAACUUCUGGGUUGAAAAUUCAAGGUUGACUCGUGCUUGUAGCAUUUGCAAAAGACCAUGUGGUGCGUCAUUCUACGGAUGUAUCGAUUGUGACUUCAAAUCCCAUGUGGAGUGUCUUGGGUUUCCAGCCAAUGUGAAGAACCAACGACAUCCGCACACGGUCGUGGAAGUGAUAUAUGAUUACUGGAGAAGUUGUUCUCUCUGUGGAUCAAAGAUACAAAAAGAUGAUCAUACCAACUACUCAUGCAACCACUGCGGUGAUUAUUUUCAUAAGACAUGUUUUAUGUCCAUGAAUGACCUUGAAGCUGUUACAGAAGAAGAACAAAUUAUAGACAUCUAUCUAAUGAACAUUGAGCGUGAUCUCUUUGGCCUGCUCGAAGCUGGUAAGUCUUAG